AUGGCGGCGGGUCGCUCCUUAGCGCGUUCGAGCGUGCAUAUAACCGUUAUACGACAAUUAAAUCUUAGAAUACUCUUUACGAGCUCCUUAAUUGCAUCCUUGCUUUGCGUUCAACUUGCGUGCCGUGCUGACACGGACGCCGCUUGGGCCAGUGGUAGAACGACACGUGUAGGGAACAGCGGGAGACGGCUCUCGACGCCGCCGGCGAAUGGGGUAACCAACUUCCAACCGACGCAGGCGACAGUGUGCAAUUUCUCCCGCAGCGGGCAGUGGCUUUCGCGAAACAAGGCUCCCUACGGCGCCGAUUGUCCUUUCCUCAAGAACGUGGGUCCAGUGAAUUGCAUCAUCAAGCCCAGGAAUCGCCCCAAGAACUGGCUGAACUACCGUUACAGACCCAAGAACUGCGGGCAGCCAUGGUUUUCCUUCGCUCCUCUGGCCUUCCUGCAACGAAUGAGAAACAGGGUGUUUGCUUCAGUGGGCGACUCUCUCUCUGUCAGCAAUCUCAUGCCGUCUCUACUUUGUCAGCUACACCAAGUAUCUCCUGUGACCGAGAUUCCUAACAACGGCACAUAUGCAAAGCAAGGCCCACUCACUAAAGUGUACCAAGUCAAAGCUUACAACGUUACCUUGGUCAACACAUGGAGCACGUUUCUCAACGAGUACUGGCAAGACGAACAGACGGUCCAGCAGUACAACGGAGGCGUUGCCUUAACAGAUGAGGAUUCAGUGGUGAAUCUAGAUGGGCUCGAUGCGCAGUGGGCGGCUUAUAUCGAGCGGUACGACGUGCUUAUAUUGCAGACGCAGGCGCACUGGCAGGCCACCAAGUACAAGUGGCGGCGGUUCUGGGUGAACAGUACCGGGGAUCAAAUCUUCAACGAGUCUAGGUUCCUUGCUGCUUUUGAGUAA